AUGGCUAAACAUUUAGCAGAAUGUCAUCGAAAGAAACAUCGCGAGUUUCUACAGCGCAUGAAAACGUGGAAAAAAGUGGACAAUAAGAAAAGAAUUAACCCGUUAUUCAGCGGCGCUGCUCACAGCGAUGUUCCGGAGAUCCAGGCGGUUCCAGAGAAACAACCGCCUCAGAUGAACCUCGCCGCGCUUGACCUAUACCUGGGAAAACCUGCAGCAACGCCAAAUUUGACUGCUAACCCGAUAGGACCGGAAAUGCAGAGCGAAAAUAUUCCGGACAGGACAGAAACUUACAUUAAAAUAAGUGUCACGAUGACCCGCUGGAUUCUGGAUGCUUACCACAGGCGAGUAAUGGGGGCUUGUGAAGAAGACAAAUCACCAGAAAACUUGUCCGAAGCCUUGCCCCCGCUGGAGGAUCGGUCCAAUUCCCCCGCCUCACCAGAAAUGCAAGAGAAAAUUGAAAAAUUCAAGGAUCUCUUUCCGCGGUAUUUGAAGCGAGCGGCCUCAUCUGGCCUGCCAUUCAGCAGAAUCGGAACCGCUGUUCCACACCGGAAAUUCAGCCAACGGAAAUCAGAGGACGGCCAGCGCAUCAUUUUCGAGAGGGAAAGCUGCGCGAGCCGGUAUGUAACCAUCGCUUCCCUUGACAAACAGACGGAGACCUUUGAAGUCUCGAGGAAUGGGACUAUAAUUAAAAAAAUGGAGGUCCUUCCGGUGCGCGUCAAAGAAAGGGACUUUAAAAAUGAAGCACUUCCGGCGCCGACAGAACAAUAUGAAGCCGAGGCCGACGUUCCGGAAAGUUCGGGCAGAGCGGCUGAAAGACCGGAAAUUGCUCGCAAGACGGAAUCGCAAGCAGUACCGUUCGACCCGCUGCCGUCGGGGUUGCUCUUCAGGCGAGGACCCGAGCUUCGAAUGCACGCGCUCGGAAAAAGACCUCCAGAGUACAAGCCUCGCAAAGAAAAACAAGAGCUUUGCAAACGCUCUUAUGAAGCUCAAUCUCAGCACUGUUUACUUCGUCCGGAUGUAGAGAAAGUCAUAGGAGGUCAUCCGGUCUGCCAAUUCUUCGACUGCUACGAUGGGUACCGCAAAGAAUUCAUCAAUCGGCUCGCCGCGCGGGUCGUUUGCAAGAACUGCGAAUGGGAGAAGAUCACAGAAGAGGUGUUGCCAUCGACUGACGUCAUGGCUGAGCAUUUACAAUACUGGCAUCAGGACAUCUAUGGACAGUACAAACACCUCGAGAAAUUCUGGAAAAAGGUCGACACCAGAAAGAAGGUAAAUCCGCAGCUACGAGGCGUGGUUCCCCUAAAAAAUUCCAGAAAAUCGCCAGCUAAGAGCAACCCGCAAGGUAUCGAUUUUCAGGGAUUAAAAAGAUUGAUGGAAGAAAGAAAGAAGUUGGCAAAUGGACAUCGAGAUGCGAACCGGGAGGGCGCUGGGGAUUCGGCUGCUGUCGAUACGAAAAAUCGUAUCAACGGGGCCACGUCAUCAAUUCGUAUGAAAGCGGAACACUUUUCAGAUGUUGAGCAAGAGCGGAAAGCUCAAGCUGUACAGGAACAUCGGGAAAAGGCCUUGGCAGGUCCAAGUCCAGCUAAUAAAGCUGUAUGCAGCAAACCCGGAACUUGGUCUCAAAGUGGUAAAGGUAGUGAGAAGGUAAAAAAGAGU